AGCACGCUGUCAGGACCUCCCGGGCAGAAGGCAUGACGCCUCCCUGCCUCAAUUGUUCCAUCUUUCCUGGAGAGCUGUCCCCAAAUGCUUCAAGGCGCCCCCUGCUCUGCAAUGUCAGUUUGCUCAAGUACCCCGAGGACCUGAACCUUACCGAUGAGGCCCUCCGGGUGAAGUACUUGGGGCCUCAGCAGAUGAAACAGUUUGUGCCCAUCUGUGUCAUAUACCUGUUGAUCUUUGUGGUGGGCACUCUGGGCAACGGGCUGACCUGCACCGUCAUCCUGCGCCACAAGGCUAUGCACACGCCCACCAACUUCUACCUCUUCAGCCUCGCCGUGUCCGAUUUGCUGGUGCUCCUGGUGGGCUUGCCGCUGGAGCUUUAUGAGAUGCAGCACAAUUACCCGUUCCAGCUGGGUGCGGGUGCCUGCUACUUCCGAGUACUGCUCUUUGAGACCGUCUGCCUAGCUUCAGUGCUCAAUGUCACAGCCUUGAGUGUGGAGCGCUAUGUGGCCGUGGUGCGCCCACUCCAUGCCAAGUCGGUGAUGACGCGGGCCCAUGUGCGCCGCAUGUUGGGGGCCAUCUGGGUCCUCGCUAUUCUCUUCUCUCUGCCCAACACCAGCCUACAUGGCCUCGACCAGCUCCAUGUGCCCUGCCGGGGGCUGGUGCCCGACUCGGUGACGUGUGCAGUGGUGAGUCCCCUGCUCUUCUAUAAGUUGGUGGUACAGACCACCGCACUGCUCUUCUUCUGUCUGCCCAUGGUCACCAUCAGCGUGCUGUACCUGCUGAUUGGGCUGCGGCUGCGGAGGGAGAGGAUAUCGCUUCAAGAGGAGGACGUCAAGAGCGGGGAACCCGCAGCAACCCGGAAGACCUCCCACAGAAGGCUUCAGCUUCGAGAGAGGGGACGGGGACAAGUGACCAAGAUGCUGUUCGCACUGGUUGUGGUUUUUGGCGUCUGCUGGGCCCCGUUCCACAUCGACCGUCUCAUGUGGAGUUUGGUGUCCCACUGGACCGACCGCCUGCGCCUGGCCUACCAGUUUGUCCACAUCACCUCUGGUAUCUUCUUCUACCUCGGCUCAGCAGCCAACCCGGUGCUCUACAGCCUCAUGUCCAGUCGCUUCCGAGAGACCUUCCGGCAAGCCCUGGGCCUUGGAACCCAGUGCUGUCACCGCCACCAACCCUGUCGUGGCUCCCAUAACCACAUCAGGUUGGCCACAGGCAGCACCCUGUGUGACAUGGGCCCCAGAAACAGCCGGGGCGAACCCCUGGUUGAGAAUGGGGAUCCAGGGUGUCAGCAAGAGACAAACCCCUCCUGAAUAAAAUCUGGAAGGAGCCUUUCCCACAGGGUUGGAGGGCCUCAGACAGUCUAGGGAGUCCCCGGUUGAGCUUAGAAAGUGAUUUCUACCCUGCCCACAUAUUUAAACGAUGAGAGGAACAGCAAGAAAAAUAAAGAUUGAACCCUAAUUGCCAAAGACUCACAUUGAAAGCUGGCCUGAAAAGCUGGCUCAGCAGUUAAGAAUGCUUACCGUUCUUCCAGAGGACCCGAGUUCAGGUCCCAGCAUCCUCAUGAUGUCACUCUAGGCCACCUGACACUCCCUCUUGGCUUCGGACGGCAGCCACCACAUGCACAUAGCAUGCACCCAUAUAUUACAAAGAUCCACAUUGAACCAGACAUGUACUGCCUGUCCCUCCAGACCCCAGACCCUAAAUUCUUCCCCACAGAACCAUCACAGUUACCCAGGGCUCAGCCAUCAUCCCAGGGAUCCCUCCUUCCUCUGAAGUUAGUUCAUUCAUGUUUCCACUGGGACCUACCUGGUAACUUCUGAACCUCCCUCCAUAGGCUCUAUCUGCCCCUCUCCAGCCCUCGUACUGUACUGAAGACCAUCUUCACACCCUGACACCUCCUGGCUCUCAUUCUGCACUGGGAUCUGGGCCUGAUCGAGAUGCCAGGUGCUGAGGUUCCCAAGGAUCCAGUGGACCUGGAUCUGAUGAUCUCAGCCUUUGUCACCAUGUUGCCUUGUGGCAACAAGCAAAUCACCCUGACUGUCUAAGAGGCUUUGGUUCCUUGCUUGCAAAAAUGAAAGGUGUGCUGUGUGCCUGUUUUCAUCUGUGUGUACAACAAAGCCAGCCAACGGCUUCAGAUGAUCUGCAUCACCCCAAACCCUGCUUUCUCUCUGACCGUCUCAUGGUCCCGCUUCAGGCUGCCAAGGGCAGGUCCUUUGCUUGUCCUGAAACAGGGCCAACCUACGAGCAGUGCACUCCUGGCCGCCUGAUGCCUCUCUGGCCUGCAGACGGGCUGCCCUGGCUGCCCCAGGGGAACUCAUGUUGGAUCCAGUUAGCCAGGGGAAUCUGGAAGAAGACGCAUGAGCCAACUUAAGGACCAGACAUGGCUGUGUGGAGACAGUGUGCCAGUUAGUCUCUGUCGGCUUGAUGGAGACUAGAGUCACCUGGGAGAGGCAACAUCAGCAGAGGAAUGACAUCCAUUGGAAUGACCUGUGGACAUGUCUGUGGGACAUUUUCAUCAUUAAUGACUAAUGUCACAGGGCCCAACCCACUGUGGGUGGUGCCAAUUCUGGGCAGGUGGUCCCAGGCUGUCUAAGAAAAUAAACUGAACAAGCCAGUAAGGCAGAUUCCCCCUGGGGCUUCUGCUCCAGUUCCUGCCUCCAGGUUCCUCCCUUGGUUCCCCUUGAUGGCCUGUAAACUGAAUAAACCCUUU